AUGAAGGUCCUCUUGCUGCUGGCAGCUGUAAUCAUGGCCUUUGGCCCAAUACAGAUCCAAGGGAGUCUUUCUGAAUUUACUGAAAUGGUCCGGAGAACAACAGGAAUGUUUGUAUCACAAGCUUACAACUAUGGAUGCUACUGUGGCCCUGGAGGCAGUGGAUCCCCCAAGGACGGAACGGAUUGGUGCUGCUUUGCUCACAAGUGUUGUUACUAUGAUCUAGAGAAACAUGGAUGUAACACAACAUUUCUCCACUACAAGUUCACCUCCGAAAUGGGCAUUAUCAACUGUGCUGAAAACCAGGACUCCUGUAAGAAAGAGCUGUGCCAGUGUGAUAAAGUUGCUGCUGAAUGUUUUGCCCAGAACUUUAGAAGCUACUCUAAGAGAUUGCGGUACUAUCCUAAAGUGUUGUGCAAUGGAAAGCCACCCAAGUGCUGA